AUUAUCUUUUACAAAUAUCUUUCAAAGUCCGUUAUAAUCUAUUCUGCAUUAUUUUGCCUACGGAUAGUCACCCAUCUGACGACUACACCAUCCUCCUCUUAUCUUCAUCCAGCAUGCAGAAGGUAUCUGAUUCAGUUACAACGAUCUUUCAGUUGGAGACUAAGGCGCAACGCCUUGCCGCCUGCCUGGAAGGGGGUACAACUAUAGUUUACAGCGAUAAGUUCGGAUUGGGGUGGCGUUUUGGGCUGCAGUACGCAAAAGAAGGCUGGUCGUUUGCCAAAGUGAAGGUUUUCUUUGAUCACACCCAUUGCUCGUCGCCGACAGACGCUGCUACAGUGACUGUUUACCUCAAGGAUGGGUCUGCUUCAGAGGCUCCUUCCUUUGACAGAAAAACAGUCUCGAUUGCUGACUUUGGCCAUGGGCCGCCCGUACUUCUUGGCUCUUUUUCGCCAUCCACUAUCAUUGCACACCCUUACAUGUGGUUUACGGUCACUACGAGAGCAAAUUUCGUUCAAGCUAUCGCUGACCCUCUCGCCAAUACCGCGUCUGCUCUCAAGCAGUCCAUGAAUAACGGUGCAUUCGUCGACACAAAGUACUAUGUCCUGUCCAAGCAUAGAACUUUGAGUUCUCCGGGAGAAACACGUUUCAUAUAUGCGAACAGCGCAGUUUUAGCCCAUAGCGCUAGUAUCGCGCCUGUUCCCCCUUCAUCUGACAAAGGAGGUUUGCUCGUGCACUACCAGAGCGAAUCUAGGCUGAUCAGUGAUGCCGAGCAAUAUGAUUAUGGAGUCGAUAGCGAUAUCGAGGAAGAAGAAGAAGAGGGAGUGGAAGUGAACGGGCAAGAACGCGGAGCGCUUAGCAAGCCUUUGCCUCAUCAUCGUUAUAGCUAUUCCCCUGAGGAGGCAGCCGUUGAGUACGAUCUGUCUGAUACCGUCACCAGUAGUGCUCUAAACUCGGAUGAUGACCGCGAUGACCUCAACUCCACGGACACGUGGGUGGAUCCACAACCGGGCACAUGUUUUGCUGGUACACCACCUCCAGGUCGCCGUUCAACAGACACAUUCGUGCUGCCUCCACCCUUCCUGCAGACCCCCCGACUGGUGCUAGUCCGGGACACGGCAUUUGCAACCUGGGCCUCCUACAUAUACUAUUGCUACACUGGGCAGAUUUCUUUCUACCCUCUGAAGUCCGGAGAUCCGCAUAGCCGACGUGAUAUGACAACCGAGACUCUGCGCUGUUCUCCCAAGUCAAUGUACAGACUCGCGAUAAAGCUGAAGAAUAGACGUCUACAAGCUUUGGCGUACCGGGCAAUCAAGUCCAGUUUGUCUAAGAACAAUAUCUUGGAUGAGGCGUUUUCGUGGUUCACAGCACAGUACCGCGAUAUUCAAAAAAUGGAACUAGGACUCCUGAUGGAGUUCCGUAGCACACCUGAAGUGUCACGUCGUUUGUCACGCGUUCUUGAAGUUGUUUCCCGAGGAGAAAAACCUUAUGCAUAUGCUAUGCUUAAUGGCUUCUUAGCACGCUUGACUCGGCAGGAGGCAGGUGGUACGCAAUGAAGCCACAAAAGUCAUCAUACUUAUACUGUCACUUGAUCAUUGUUUACUUGUACUAGUUCGUGUUGUUUCAAUGUUGUUCUCAACUGGUGAUUCGAAACA